UUCGAUGACAUGAUAGUAGAAUUCUGCAGCCGCUUUCAAACUCGUGAACAAUGCGUUCGUUUUGUGGGUUACAUAGCUGUCUACCGAUUUUGCAUCCCCCUUGCAAUUCUUCAUUUUCUACUCAUGCUUUUCACUGUCACCAACACCGAUAGUCAAUCUUGGCGGGGUAAACUGCAUAAUGGUUUCUGGUUAUGGAAAUGCGCCUUUAUUAUCGGUCUCUGGAUUAUUUCCAUCUUUAUUCCUGCUCUGGAAAAGGCCACAGUUGGUAGGAUGGUUAUUAUUAUUAUUAAUACUCAAUAUGACAGCCUGGAUGUUGCUGGCCGUUCUGGGAGGAAUUGCUUUCAUUUACCUACAAAAUGUCUUUCUCAUCGACUUCGCCUAUGA